AUGUCAAGUCAGCCCCUUCUCCAAUCUGGCCCAGGCAAGCGCAUCGCCCUCCCCACCCGUGUCGAACCGAAAGUCUUCUUCGCGAACGAGCGAACAUUCCUCUCAUGGCUCAACUUCACCGUCAUCCUUGGCGGCCUCGCUCUGGGUCUUCUCAACUUCGGUGAUCGCGUAGGCCAAAUAAGCGCCGCCUUGUUUACCUUCGUGGCCAUGGCUGCCAUGAUAUAUGCGCUGGUGACGUUCCAUUGGCGGGCAAAGAGUAUACGGCAGAGAGGUCAAGGCGGGUUCGAUGAUAGGUUUGGACCUAGCAUCUUAGCUGUCGCGCUGCUUGCGGCUGUUAUUGUCAAUUUUGUGCUGAGGAUCCAUGAGGGAACGAAGGGGAAGGCUUGA